AUGUCAACAAUAAGUGGAAAGGGGCACCGGAGGAGAAAAGACCUCUGGGAUGAUGACGAAGACGGAUUGAGAAAAGGGGUUACCGCAGAAAGCCCAUCAACAGAAGUUGAGGAGAAUGAGCUGAAUCUACUGCAGCCGAUUGACAUGGACGAUGCUCGAAAGACAUCUAGAGAAGCAUAUCUCAAGAAGCGUCUUGAAACAAGGCUCUAUGAUCUAGAAGCGGAUGUUCAACGCCUUGAAGUACGCUCAGAUCUCAGUGCAAAAGAGGCCCAAGAGUACAGAGACAAGAAGGAGCUCAUUGAAUCCAUUCGCUUCACUAAGGAUACAGACAAACUCGAGGAAUACAAUCUACCUGGAAGCGAUGAGACUAGUUCUGAUGCUGACCGGAAGCGCAAGAGAAAACUUCUCUCCACCAAGGCUCAACCUGAGCCAGAAACGAUAGAUACAAAGAAGAAGUUCAGGUUUGAGAAUCAAUGGGAACUUGAUCAGCUUCGGAAAGCCAACGAGAUCAAAGCAGCCAAUCCUGAUCAGAUACAGGUAAAGCUGGAUCAACAGUACGAGUACGUGUUUGAUGACUCACAAUUCAUUGACUUCGCUGAAGAGGAUGCGUCGGCAGAUGUUUCCAAUGACGAAGAGCCUGUGUCUGUUGAGACUUCGAAUCGUAAAACCAUGAGAGAAGUGAGAGAGUCAUUACCAGUGUUCAAAUUCAGGGAAGAAUUUCUCAAGAAGGUGGAAGACAAUCAGGUUCUUAUUGUUGUGGGAGAAACGGGAUCGGGUAAGACAACCCAACUUCCGCAGUAUUUGAUGGAGGCCGGGUACACAAAAUCACGCAAUGAUAAAAAUCAGAUUAGAAAAGUGGGAUGUACUCAGCCAAGACGAGUGGCUGCGACCUCGGUUGCUACAAGAGUCGCUGACGAGGUCGGAUGUCAGCUAGGUGCUGAGGUGGGUUACAGCAUUCGUUUUGAGGAGAGCACAUCUGAGAUGACAGAGAUCAAGUAUCUCACUGAUGGUAUGCUAUUACGAGAAUUCCUCACAGACCCGUUACUUUCGACAUACAGCGCUCUUAUGAUCGAUGAGGCUCACGAACGAACUGUCUCAACCGAAAUAGUGUUGGGAUUACUCAAAGAUGUCAUCCGAGAACGAAAGGAUUUGAGGCUCAUUGUCGCUUCUGCAACGAUCAAUGCAUCUAAGUUCUCGGACUACUUUGACAAUGCACCCAUCUUCAAGAUUCCGGGCAGGAGAUAUCCUGUCGAUGUCUGCUACACAAAGAACCCCGAAGCGAACUAUAUUCAAGCAGCUAUAACGACAAUCUUUCAAAUUCACACUACUUCAGAAAGCUCUGGGGAUAUUCUUGUAUUCUUGACAGGUCAAGAUGAGAUAGAAACGAUGAAUGAGACAUUGGUGGAUGCGUGCGAUAAACUUGGCUCCCUGAUAAAGAAACUAAUAAUUGCUCCUAUCUAUGCCAAUCUUCCUCCAAAACAGCAGCAGCGUAUUUUUGAACCAACUCCUCCCGAUGCUCGGAAGGUAGUGCUUGCAACGAACAUUGCGGAAACAUCGAUCACGAUAGAUGGUAUCAAGUACGUUAUUGACCCGGGAUAUGUGAAAGAAAAUGUAUUCAAUCCCAGAACAGGAAUGGAAAGUCUUGUCGUUGUUCCCUGUUCAAGAGCGUCGGCGGAUCAGAGAGCAGGUAGAGCAGGAAGAGUCGGUCCUGGAAAAUGUUACCGCCUCUUCACAAAAUGGUCAUUUUACAAUGAGUUACAAGCCAACCCAACUCCUGAGAUUCAACGUACAAACUUGAGCCUGAUUAUUCUUAUGCUUUUGUCAAUGGGAAUUACUGAUUUGAUCCACUUCGACUUCAUGGAUCCACCUUCUUCGCAAACACUCAUUAAAUCCUUCGAGCUUCUAUACGCACUUGGUGCCCUCAAUCUGAGAGGUCAAAUAACGGAUACUGGUCGAAAGAUGGCUGAGUUUCCAAUGGAUCCCAUGUUUUGCAAAACACUCUUGAAAAGUGCUGACUAUGGUGUUACUCAAGACAUUCUUUCCAUAAUGGCCUUGCUAUCUGAAUCAUCUUCUCUUUUCUUCCGUCCGAAAGACAAGAGGGAACAGGCUGAUAAAAAGAAGGAGGCAUUCCAGCAUGAAGUGGGUGAUCAUCUUACUCUACUUAACAUCUGGAAUGAGUGGGAAGACACUGGCUUCUCGAAUAUUUGGGCAGAAGAAAACUUUCUUCAAUACCGUACAUUGAAAAGAGCAAAGGAGAGCCUGGUGACAAAGAUUGAGGAGUAG